AACGAUGGAUUUCAUAGGCGAAUUAGAAGAUGAAUAUUUUGAACAAACGUCUGAUGAUUUAUCUAGUAUCGAUACAACUGACGAACUACCAAGUGAUUGUUUAGAUUUUAAAGAAAAGACAUCGUUUCAAAAAGAAUUACUUACAAAUAGGCUUCUGUCGUAUUCGAAUAAGCUUGAUGACGAAGCCGAUGCUUUACUUGCAAAAAUUAAGGGAAAUUUAGGAAGAUGUGUAAUGAUGAGGAAAAUAAAGCCUGAUUGUGUCAUAUGGUCAAAUAUGUUAUACAAAUACGUAACCUUAUAUGACUUGAGAUUUACAAAAGAAGAUCAUAUAACUUUUAUCAAGGUGUUAUACGAAUUAAUGACUAUUCCAAAUUUAGAACCUGCAUUAGUCGGUAUCUUUGGUUAUCAUUUAUAUAUAAUUAUAAGAAAGAACGAUUUAAUUUCACCUAAAGAAUUGGAAUUGCCAUGGAGGCCUUUGUAUAACUUGUUCUUCUGUAUAACAGCGAGAAAACCAAUGCAAAUCUCCUUCCAUCAUUAUCCCAGUUAUUUGAAAAAUUUAUUAGAAAGUUUAAUAUGCGUGGCAAAAGUUUAUUUUCCAAUAAAUACAACGCAAGAAAUAUUAGAUGAAUUAAAACCUCAAAUAUGUCCAUUUUACACUUAUGUUAUGCAAAUGACUAUGAAAGGUUUUCAAUUGUUUUUGCCAGUACAAUUAGCUCCAGAACACCAUUCGAUUGGUCAUGAAUUAUGGUUUCAUGAAUUAAUGGACUUGUGGAAAGUCUGUAAUUCCAAUGCUCAUACGUGGGGAAAUCAUGUGAUGAAUUUAAUAUCAAAAUUAGCAUAUUAUAAUAUUGGAUAUAUCGACUGGGAGCCUUACAUGCCUUUAAUGUUUACAAGAUUUGUUCAAAGUUUUAAUUUGCCUGUUUGCUAUAAGAAAAUGAGAUUCAAUAGUACUUGUAGAAUCGCACCAAAUUUUAUAGGUCUCUGGAUUGCAUCGGUUUUAGGAAAUAAAUCUAGUGCACAAAUUUAUUUAGACAAAUUUUUGAAGACUAUUGAAACUUACUUUCAUCCGGCUAAUUAUGGUUCAUGGCUUAAGAAGCUCGGAGAAUUAUUCGUAAAUAUUUCAUAUUUUGUAGUUUUAAGACUUCAUAGAGAGCGAUAUCAAAUUAAUCAAUCAAAACCAACAUGGAAAACACCAAUACCCGAAUCUCACAAAUUGACCGAUAGUGAUAUCGAUGUAUUUGUCAAUAGUAUGAUACCAAUAGCUAUGACUGGUAUUUUUAAUAAACGUUGUUCACCAAUAUUCUACGAUGCAUUGCAUUAUCUUGCUAUAAUGAGACCAAAUCUCGUAAUACCAAAUGUUGUAGAAAAGGUUUAUCCUACCCUCGGUAGCGAUAUUGAGCCUCAUAAACUAAUAACUGCUAUGAUGUGUAUGAUCACAAUAUCUCGACCAUUGGUUCAAGGAUCACAUAUUCCCAAUAAAGAAUAUGCAUUUCCGGAAGGACCACUGCACGUUUUACCGCUCCUGUUUGCAUCUCUGUCUGGCAUAGAUCCGAACGAUGUGAAUAAAUGUUUCGUGACUUUUAGUCUCAUAACGACUUACGUGACGAUGAUCCCCAUCGUUGACUGUUCGAAAUCGAAGGCCGAUAUGAGUGACGACGAUCGUCUCAUAUGCGAAGAAACCUCACGUUUCGAAGAUUUUAUCUUGCAAUUUAUGGAUAAGGUUUUCGUUUGGAUAGAUUCAAGCUCCGUCGUGCCCGUUCGACUCGAGAACAAUACGAACAGUAACGGCAGGAGUCGCUCCGAGACGAUGCUGGAAUCAGCGCUAGAUCGGACGUUUUCGUCUAUGUUGAGACAGACGAGUCACUCGAUAUUUUUAAGCGCGUUAAAUAAGCUACGGACUUUUAUUGUCGAGCAUGUGCUCGAGACUCAAGUAUCUGGACAGUUGGUUGCUAUCCUGUGUAAGGUUUUCAGCAGUGUCAACAGUGUGGAGACACUGAGAGCCCUCUUUCCUUUCCUCUCGGAGAAGGUCCUUGACGUUAUCGGCGAGGGUGACGACGUCAUUAAGGCCGAGAAUCUUGAUAAUCAGCUGCUUUAUCCACUAUUGCUGCUCAAUCGUUUGGUAUUUACUCGUGGAGAUGCGCUUCUACCUUACAUGGACACCCUUCACAAAAUCAUCGAAAAGGUUAUUCGUUUGAAGUCACGAGAGGGAAAUCUACUCGGCUGCUUCACACUCAGUAAUGUCAUGCUGUCUCUGUCGAAUGUGAUGAAUAUUAAUGUGGAGCGGAAUCUCGAUGAUCUCGAUUAUCUGUACAUCAAGGACUGGGGUGAGACCGUCAAGAUCAAGUCAACAAAACUAAAAGUAUACGUUCCUGGGAAAAAGGAGCAAGAGGCUUUACAAAUAAUUUUUACAAAGUUUUUUAUGCCGGCCAUUACAUCUAUACAGAAUUUUAUUAAGACAGAAAAUUCUUUAUCUCGAGAUGAAUUACAAAUUGUGCUAAGAAUUAUAUUCAAUAUUUUGGAUGGUUGUGACUCUGCAUUGCCAUUUUGGACAGAACCUCCUCUUCAAAUGAAACCUUAUGAGAAUUCCAUCGAACGAUUAGAGCCCAUAAUUGGAAACUCGGGGGAAAUACAAAUGCCUGACGGUAGUAAUGUACGAUGUUUUUUGGUAGAAACUAUGUCAGCGCUUCAAGAAAUAAUGUUGAAAAAUGUUGAAGAUGAUACAAGAAGCUUAAUAAUCCUACAACUGAUUUGGCAAAAUCUUCUUCUCGGUAAAUUACGAAUGUCAUUGGAUUCGAGCUUGAAGUUUUCCACCAUAUUAUUUGAUAGUAUUUCAAAGGUUGUCGAAAACAAGAUGACUGGAAACAACGGCUGGUUACCAAUACUUAUACUGGAACGCGCCAAUUUACAACAUCAAAAGCGUAAAGUAUGCACUACACCAGUAUUUACUGAAACUCACAAGACUAUUUUAAUCAACGUGCUAAAGUUGAGUACUAGUCAGUAUAGUGUAAUAAGAUUAAGGGCUCAAGAAACGAUUCAACUAGCACUUGGUUACUUUCCAAAUGCAUAUAUAGUCCUGGCACCGAAAAUUAUUGAAAUUCUUGAACGUGAUCCAAUAGCUAAUCAUAGUGCUUAUAAGGGUAUUCUGUAUCUGAUAACACGAAAAAUAAAUGACCACGAAUUUCUGCUAGUCAAACAAGAUUGGGAAUUCAUUAAAAGCUUAUGGCCUGCUUUAGUAUUAUCCGAGCCUUCUGAAAAAUUGUCCGUUAUUCGCUUAAAAGACAGCAUCGUCGAUUUAGUUAAUGAAACAUUUUAUUCGACUAAUAUCAGUUUAGAAAUACCGGAUUCUUGUGUAGCAGCCGCGGCAAAUUUUUGGAAUAAUAAUGCAAGGCUUAAUGUGCCGCAACCUACCGAUGAAGAAAUCGAGAUGGGAAAGGAAAAUUUGCGACUAUCGGGAGAGAAUAGUUUAAAAAUAUAUAAUGAAAUUUUAGACAAACUUUUAAAUGCUUUAUUAGAAAAAAACUUACAUUGGCGACAUCGAUUAAUGACUAUGAAUUUCAUUUAUGUUUUAAUGCAUCCAGAUCACGUAUUUUCACCAAAAAUUGUGCGCUUUUUUCUUAACGCAUUAAUACACGAGUCUAUAGAUGAGAGAAAGGUUGCUUUGAGAAUGUUAAUGUACAUUUUUAAACAACUUAAGAAGAAUCACGUUAAGAUAAAGAUUCCAAUUCCAUUGGGCGAGAGUAAUCCUGCGGACAAUUGCGAAUCGAGAAAAGUCCAGCCGGGCUGCAGAGCCGAUAACACUUGGCUCCAAUACAACUCUGCCACUCGGCCGACCAAUGCCUUAGAAUGGGAAAAGCCCCGCUACAUCCACAAGUCCUACGUCGGCUUCUACGCGUGGCCCCACGAGCUCGAGAUCUAUGCGCCAACGUCGGAGCAGCCGGGCUUCGAAGAUGCCUCGAUGACAGAACAGGAGCGCGAGAUCAUAGCCUUCUUCAGUAAUCAGCAGAACGUCGAUAAAUUUGUCGACUACCUGAGCCUCGAGGGCAAGAAAGGCCGCGACAAGUUUCGCAAUGUGCAUAUGCUGGUGUUUAAGGGCUUGUUCCGUAACCACGGUGACGCCUUCCUCGACCGAUUUCUGCCCCAUCUGCGGAAGCUCGUCUUGGAUAAGCAGGAGAGCUCGCAGCGCUGUGCGACCGAGAUCAUCUGCGGCCUCAUCAAGGGCUCGAAGCACUGGCCCUACGAGAUGACGGCAAGAAUGUGGACGGCCUUACUUCCGGUUAUACGCAUGGCCCUGAGUAACCUUACGGUCGAGAGUAUCGAUGAUUGGACCCUCUGCAUAACGAACGCCAGUAAGGACAGAGAUCCUAAUCGGUUGCAUUGGCUGCUCGAAUGUCUGAUGGAGGAGUCGCCGCUGGGCCAAUCCGAGGCAUCGUUCGUCGAGUGUGGCAGGCUCAUGAUACUCCAGGGCGCGCUUUUCAUUCAGUCGUGGCGGGUCGGUGAGCUACUGCGACGGCUGCUAUUACGCUUCGAAAACCGACUCGAGGAGAGUCCUUUCCAGAACGUGAGGGAUCAACUGGCUUCUACCCUCGUUUCCAUGUUUCACACGAAUGUGAAGUUUGGCUCGACCUCCGUGGGGGAUCAGCGAUUCCCGGAAGUACGCAGCUUCCUUGAGAAAAUUUAUCCAAGACUCCACUCAUUGGUAGAGGACGAUGAAUCCUCGCGAAUGCUUGCGUCACGUUUAGCUGCGACCAAGAUCGAUACCGACAUUGCCGAGUCGCCAGAGGUAUCGUCUAGUCUAAGCGCCAUCGACGUCAAACGUGAGAAGAACAUUAGAUUAUUCAAGAUCAUCUGCAAAUGGAUCUUCGAGACAGUGAUGAACUCAAAUCUAGACUCCCUGUCCAUAUUUUAUAGGGUAUACCCAAUAAUGUGCCAGCUGGAGAACAACGAGAAGGACGAGGAGUUGUCCAAGACUUGCUCGAGAUCCGUGGUUGUUCUGGCGCAAUCUCUCACUCCACCGGAGCACAUGCCAGCCGUAUUGGAGGCAGUUUGCAAUACCUCUCAAAGUUCGUUUUGGUCGGCGAGGUUGGGCUGUCUUGAGUUUCUACAGGUUCUUGUCUUUCACAAUAUGAGCAUUUUAUUAAGCAACGAGACGUGGAUACAAACAAUUCAAACUAUUGUUUUGAAAUUGAUGGAAGACGAGAGACUCGAGGUGAGGGAAAAGGCUUCUCAAGUCCUCGGUGGUCUACUGCACUGUACCAUCAUUCCCAAUCAAGAGACUCUUCUGGAAGAGUUUAAGAAAAAAGCGAAAAUAAAACUUGAUAAUAAAAGAAGAAGAUUAUCUAAAGACCCAGAAGACGUUGCUAAUAAUGCCAAGAUAUUAAGUGCCGUCCGUUUACGUCACGCUGGUGUUCUCGGAUUGUGUGCUUUCAUUCGGGCUCAUCCGUACGAUGUUCCUAAGCAUAUUCCACCCAUUUUCGAGUGUCUGAGUUUUCACCUAAAUGAUCCUGAACCCAUACCUAGUACAAUACGUAAAACGCUCAAUGAUUUUAAACGUACACACUGUGAUGGAUGGACGGGUCUUCAAGGUCUAGCAGUAAAUUUUACUAAAGAACAGUUUGCAGUGAUGCAGGAUUUAACUGUGCCACCUUCCUACUAUGCGUAGGUAAAUGUUUAAAAAAUGAAUAUUUAUAACAAAAACUUGACUAUUAUUAAUGAAGCAUAAUAUAAA